AUGUCGCGUCCGUCAAGAGUUCAAGCCCGAUGCGUGGGCAAUCCGUCAUUUCGACCAGAAGACAUUGCCCAAAACCAGGACAGGCUGAAGCAAGCGCGAGACUUGCUCUCCAAGAACGACCUGUAUCAGGCAAGCCGCAUGCUCCUAGGGCUGCCCGAGCCCGAUGUCUAUACCUAUCAUGCAAUUGCGUCCGUGAAGCUCGCUGAGGCCCAGCAUGUUGUCGAUCGAGGGGGUGACAAUGGUUUGCACGGAUGGUAUAAGGCAGAGGAUGGCUCAACUAGAGACCCCCCAUCACAGGCAGACAUAGAAGCGUACAUAUCAAUAUUCAGUCCAACCACAUCUACAGCAGCCGCGCUGAAAAAUUUCACCACAAACGCCAAAAAGGGCUCGCUCCGGUCCGAAACCGCCGCCCACAUAUCUAGAAACAAGUUCAUCCACGCAAGCCUGCUCACCCAGCUUACUAUCCCAAAAUGCAAAUCGCCGCCCAUACAAAAUCCUUACUUUGACUUCUGGGCCUGGUCGUGCCGGAACCUCGAGUGGUGCGGCCCAAACGCGUGCUCGGAGCGAACGUCCAUGGGCCACCACAUCCUGCCCAUCUUCAUGCACCACUUUGGCUGCGUGACGCCGUCCCACGAAGGCCUGGAGGCCCUGCGGAUCCUCGCAGACGGCCGGCCCAUUGCAGACGUCGGCUCGGGCAACGGCUACUGGAGCUUCAUGCUCCGAGGGUACGGGCUCACGGUCCACGCGGUAGACAACAUGCAGAGCGAGUGGAGGGUGAACUGGGUAGACGACACCAGCAUCACGGACGGGGUGAAGUGGCUGCAGAGGAACAAUGGGGGCAGGGACAUGGUGCUGCUGCUGGUGUAUCCUGUCGUAGGGGGAGGCGUAGGGGGCGGGACCGAGGGCAGCUUCACGCGCGGUUUGGUCGGUGCUUACGAGGGUGAUACCAUCGCCGUGGUGGGCACACAGAACCGCAAUGGAUAUACGGGAUUCAAGAGCAUGACGAUGGAUGAGUACAUGGCGAGGGAGAGGAAGGAUUGGGUCAAGGUGGUGCAGAUGCCGUUGCCAAGUUUUGCCGGCAAGGAUGAAGCUCUGUUUGUGUUUCAACGGGGCGAACGGGCUCCCAAGGCAGACCAAUAA